CGGGGAAAGAGCUCCAGCGCCGGGAAGAAGCCGGGAGCUUCCCUGAUGGUGCCGCCGCCUCCGAGUCGGGGAGGAGCGGCGAGGAGGCAGCUGGGCAGGAGCCUGGGUCCGCUGCUGCUGCUCCUGGCGCUGGGACACACGUGGAGCUACCGAGAGGAGCCUGAGGACGGCGACAGAGAGAUCUGCUCAGAAAACAAGAUCGCCACGACGAAAUACCCGUGUCUGAAGCCUACGGGGGAGCUCACCACGUGUUUCAGGAAAAAAUGCUGCAAAGGGUAUAAAUUUGUUCUUGGACAAUGCAUCCCAGAAGAUUACGACGUGUGUGCCGAGGCUCCCUGUGAACAGCAGUGCACAGAUAACUUCGGCCGAGUGCUGUGCACCUGUUAUCCAGGGUUCCGGUACGACCGGGAGAGACACCGGAAGCGCGAGAAACCUUACUGCCUGGAUAUCGACGAGUGUGCCACCAGCAACGAGACGCUGUGCGCACACACGUGCAUCAACACCGUGGGCAGCUACCGCUGUGAAUGCCGGGAGGGUUACAUCCAGGAGGACGAUGGGAGGACGUGCACCAGGGGAGACAAAUACCCCAACGACACUGGGCACGGCGAGAAGUCUGAGAACGCGGUGGAGGCCGGAACCUGCUGUGCCACGUGCAAGGAGCUCCACCAGAUGAAGCAGACAGUGCUGCAGCUGAAGCAAAAGAUUGCCCUGCUCCCCAACAGUGCUGCCGACCUGGGCAAGUACAUCACAGGCAACAAGGUGCUGGCCUCAAACGCCUACCUUCCGGGACCUCCUGGGCUGCCUGGGGGCCAGGGCCCUCCAGGCUCACCAGGACCAAAGGGGAGCCCAGGCUUCCCCGGUAUGCCGGGCCCCCCUGGGCAGCCCGGCCCGCGGGGCUCAAUGGGACCCAUGGGACCAUCUCCUGAUCUGUCCCACAUUAAGCAAGGCCGGAGGGGCCCUGUGGGUCCACCAGGUGCGCCAGGAAGAGAUGGCUCUAAGGGGGAGAGAGGAGCUCCUGGACCCAGAGGGUCACCGGGACCCCCUGGGUCUUUCGACUUCCUGCUCCUUAUGCUGGCUGACAUCCGCAAUGACAUCGCCGAGCUGCAGGAGAAGGUGUUUGGGCACCGGACACACUCUUCAGCAGAGGAGUUCCCUUUACCUCAGGAAUUUUCCAGCUAUCCGGAAACCAUGGAUUUUGGCUCAGGAGAUGAGUACCCAAAAAGAACCAAGAUGAGGGACUUGGGACCCACAAGAGACUUUUACCCUUAGCACAUCCCGUCAUCAUCAUGCCAAAGGAGGAGAAAAGAGUGUUUUCACCUGCAGUUAAAUCAUAUACAGAGAAAGAAAAAAAAAAAAAACAACCCAACCCACUGGAGACUUAGAAAAGAUACAUCUUUAAUAUCUUUCACUCUUUUCCUGCCUUUUUCCCUCCUGCUCUUCUUCUAAAUAAUAUUUUCAGAGUCCCCUGCCAGAGACAUGAGGGAGUAAGUCACUCAUCCCUGCUUCCCUCCAAGAGCCAGC